UGUAAAUAACCCGUAGAAGAAGAAGAACACCAAGCUUGUCAGUGUUGGGCUGUGUUUUGCUAAAUAUUUUCCGCAACACGUUUUAUUCGGAUUUAAAAUUUGGGUUUUCAUUUAAAGUUGUUAUUUUUUUAUGCUGACACGUCGGCGGCUUUAGAUAAUAAUUCUUAACAGUCUGCUCACUCCUUCAGACAAAUAAUUUAAGAUUACUGACAGAGCAACAAAGAAGAGACACCAAACAGCCACGCAUUCUGGUACUGGUGGUUCUGAACGACUUGUUUUUAAUUUGAGCAGACAAUAAUAAUAAAAAAAAAAAACAAGCAGCCUGACAUGACGGGGAUAGCCUCUCCAGAGAAGGCGGCCAGCUCCAAGAAGAAGAGCGAAAGAAAAUGUGCCACGAAGGAGGAAUACAGACAGCUGUCCAGCAUCAUGGGAGGCAUGAAUAACCUGAGAAAACAGGGAACUCUCUGUGAUGUGACCCUUGUUGUUCAGGGGAAACAUUUUCCAGCCCACAGAGUUGUGCUUGCUUCUGCCAGCCACUUCUUCAGCCUCAUGUUCACCACCAGAAUGAUGGAAUCAAUGUCCCACGAGGUGGAGCUCAGAAGUGCUGAGCCUGAAAUCAUCGAACUACUGAUUGAAUUUAUUUACACAGCGAGAAUAUCAGUAAACAGUAGUAACGUUCAGUCCUUGUUGGACGCAGCCAACCAGUAUCAAAUUGAGCCGGUCAAGAAGAUGUGUGUGGAGUUCCUUAAAGGGCAGAUUGAUGCAACAAACUGCUUAGGGAUUUCAGCCCUUGCAGACUGUAUGGACUGUCCGGAGCUGAAGGUGGCUGCGGAGGACUUUUUCCAGCUCCAUUUCACAGAAGUCUACAAACUGGAUGAAUUUCUGCAGCUUGAUGUCUCACAGCUCACAUAUUUGCUGCACCAGGACAAACUGACCGUCCGUGCGGAGGCCCAGAUUUAUGAUGCUGCAGUUCGCUGGCUGAAGUACGACGUGUGCAACCGAGAACAGUACAUGGUGGAGGUGCUGGGGUGUGUCCGCUUUCCUCUGGUCUCCAAAACCUUCCUCUCAAAGACCGUACAGGCCGAGCCCCUCAUCCAGGACAACCCGCAGUGUCUCAAGAUGGUCAUCAGCGGGAUGCGUUACCACCUGCUGUCCCUGGAGGACAGAGAGGACCUGGGAGAGAGCAGCCGACCGCGGCGCAAAAAGCACGACUACCGCAUCGCUUUGUUCGGGGGCUCCCAACCUCAGUCCUGCCGUUAUUUUAACCCAAAGGACUCCAGCUGGACAGACAUCCGCUGUCCUUUUGAGAAGCGUCGAGAUGCCACUGCCGUCUUCUGGGACAACGUGGUGUACAUUUUGGGGGGCUCGCAGCUCUUCCCCAUCAAGCGCAUGGACUGCUACAACGUUCUGAAGGACAGCUGGUACUCCAAGCUGGGUCCGCCGACGCCGCGCGACAGCCUGGCCGCCUGCGCUUCGCAGGGCAAGAUCUACACAUCCGGCGGCUCCGAAGUCGGCAGCUCUGCCUUGGACCUUUUCGAAUGCUAUGACACGAGGACGGAGUCGUGGCAGGUCAAAGCCAGCAUGCUGAUGGCCCGCUGCAGUCACGGCUCCGUGGAGGCCAACGGGCUCAUUUAUGUCUGCGGAGGAACAGUUGGAAAUAACGUCUCUGGGAGGAUCCUCAGCAACUGCGAGGUGUACGACCCCAACACCCAACAAUGGCGAGAACUGUGUGGGAUGAGAGAGGCCAGGAAGAACCACGGGCUGGUGGUUGUCAACAGCAGGAUCUAUGCUGUCGGGGGACAAGGACCUUUAGGUGGCCUGGAUUCAGUGGAAUAUUACGACAUUGCCAGUAACGAGUGGCGUUCUGCCUCGCCGAUGCCAUGGAGGGGCGUGACAGUGAAGUGUGCCGCUGUUGGAGGCGUAAUCUAUGUGCUGGCAGGGUUCCAAGGGGUGGGUCGACUCGGGCAUGUCCUGGAGUACCACAUUGAGACUGACAGGUGGGUGACGUGCAGCAAAGUGCGAGCGUUUCCCGUCACCAGCUGCCUCAUCAGCGUGGUGGACACGUGCGGCGUGAACGAGGACGAAGACAUGGACAUCAUCGACUCUCAGCCGCACGCUGCGUCCGCCACCUCUUCCUCCGCUUCCGCCGCAUCGUCCUCAUAGAGAAAUGAAGAGUUGUGUAUUGUGUUAUGAUUUGUGAUGUUCAUGAAAUCCAAGAGACGGGAUCUCUCAUUUCAGGUAGUUGUGUUUAAACAGCUUAUGUGUUUUAGGAAGUUGUUCUUUGUUUUUUUUWAAAGGUGAAGUUGUACCAUGAGUAAAGCAGUAUUUAAUUGUUUGUAAAUUAAUUUUAUGUGCUGUGCCUUUGAAGGAAAUGCCUAAACAUUUUCUUUGAAUUAUGUUCUUAAAAGUAAAAAAAAAAUCAAAUGGAA